AUGGCAUUAUCGAAGUAUAAAGAUGACGCACUGGAAAUGGAAAUUACUUUGCAGCAAAACAAUGUUCAGAAACUUGGAAGUGACCUAUCAGAUUUUCAUAUAGGCAAUACUUCGUCUGUGAAGAGUCGAGGAAAUAUGAGGAAGCAAACUAAAUUGGGUAUUGAAGUAUCGAAAGAUGAGAAUUAUAGCGAGUGGUAUGUCGAGGUUAUAACGAAAGCUGAAAUGAUAGAAUAUUACGACAUUUCUGGCUGUUAUAUUUUGCGGCCAUGGUCAUACGCUAUUUGGGAAUUCAUUCAAGAAUGGUUCGACGAAGAAAUUAAGAAACUAGGUGUCAAAAACUGCUAUUUUCCAUUAUUCGUUUCUCAAAGCUCUUUGGAGAGAGAGAAAACGCACAUAAGCGAUUUUGCUCCUGAGGUUGCAUGGGUAACGCGAGCAGGGCAGUCGGAUUUAUCUGAACCGAUUGCAAUUCGUCCUACUAGCGAAACAGUGAUAUAUCCCAGCUAUGCGAAAUGGGUGCAGUCUCAUCGAGAUCUUCCAAUUAAGCUGAAUCAAUGGUGCAAUGUUGUCCGCUGGGAAUUUAAACACCCAACACCAUUCUUAAGAACUCGUGAAUUCUUAUGGCAGGAAGGUCAUACUGCAUUCCAAUUUAAAGCUGAAGCAGAAGAUGAGGUAUUUAAAAUCCUUGAUUUAUACACUCAAGUAUACACCGAUUUACUGGCUAUACCAGUUAUUAAAGGACGGAAAACCGAGAAAGAGAAAUUUGCUGGCGGAGAAUUUACAACUACUGUUGAGGCGUAUGUACCAAUAAAUGGACGUGGGAUACAGGGUGCUACAUCGCAUCACUUGGGACAAAAUUUCUCAAAAAUGUUUGACAUAUCGUUUGAAGAUCCAAAUGGUGGCGGAAGGAUCUAUGCAUGGCAGAACAGCUGGGGUUUAUCGACCAGAACAAUUGGUGCUCUAGUGAUGAUACACGGUGAUAAUUAUGGUCUUGUACUUCCACCCAAAGUAGCUGCUAUACAGAUGAUUGUCGUUCCCGUAGGAAUCACUGCUCAAACAAAGGACGAACAAAAAACGGUUCUGAUUGAAAAAGGGAAAGAAAUCAAUGAUGUAUUGAUGGAUGCAGGUAUACGGGCUGAACUUGAUAUAAGAGAUCAUAUAUCGCCUGGAUGGAAAUUCAAUCACUGGGAAUUAAAAGGUGUUCCUGUAAGAAUCGAAAUUGGUCCCAGGGAUUUGGCCAACAGCCAGGUAACUUGUGUUAUUAGAUAUUCUGGCGAAAAAAGAAUCAUUCCCAUCGAUGGUCUUGCUACACAAUGCAGAGAUAUGCUGGAGGAAAUUCACUGUGCCAUGUAUAACAGAAUAUUGGAAGUUCGCGAAUCGCAUACGAAGAUUGUACUGGAAUGGGAUGAUUUCCGAGGUCUCUUAGAUCAAAAGUUUAUUCUGCUGUCACCUUUCUGUGGUCGCAUUGAAUGCGAAGACGAAAUCAAGAAAGAAAGCAUGAAAGAAGAGGAAAAUGAUCCUCGUGUUCCCGCAAUGGGAGCAAAAACCCUCUGCAUCCCAUUUGAACAGCCCGAUAUUUCGCUUCCGACUAAUUGCAUCAAUAAAAAUUGUUCAGAAAAACCGCAAUUCUUCGCACUGUUCGGUCGAAGUUAUUAA